AUGGUUGAAGCCAAAUCAGGUGCAACCGUGACAACUAGAGUACCCCAGGCACUCGGGUAUAUGGUCUAUGGCGUUGCAGCUGACGGGAAGUACUUCAUCUUUCUGAAGAUAAACAAUGAUUCGGAACCUGAUCCCACCUCCGCCGACCCGGUUCUACCUACUCUGACCGACUCUAUCCUCGACAAGUACGAGCAUUUGUCGCAAAUCACAGAGGUACCCAUCAUCAACCUCCCCUACCACCUACUCUUUCCAUUUGGCCUGGCUGGGCUUAGACUCCGUGGUGACCUCACCACCGAGGUGAGCUACCUCGCUCUACCGAUCAUUCCCCGCCUGACGGUCCUAUAUCGGGAGCCUGGUUUCUCGAUGCGCGGCACUGGGGGCACGGAUAUUACCAUCGGCGCCGAUGUCCCCUCCUUAGCCGUGUCCACAGUCGAACUCCGGUACACUCACGUUGUCCAGUUGCAACAUGAUCGCAGUGACCUCUUCCCCUCCACAGAUUGCUUUAUAGAAUUGGGUGACAACACUUGCGCGGUCUCCACCAUUUUCACAACUUGA